ACUCUCACCUGUCUGCACCAUCUAACAGGCUGGAUGUGAUGCUGACAUUGACCCCUCUGUUGGUCUGUUUCCUCCAGGAGGUCUGAAGAUGUCCAAUGAAAAGGGUCCAGAGGUGGUGGGAUGUGAUGCUUCCAUCAUGAAGAACGUGUGGGAGAUCCGAAUGAGGGAGAUCGGAGAGCGGAUGCGUCUGGAGCAGGAGCGCCUGGAGAAGAGCGCUUUGCCCAUCAUCAACAAGGACUGGGCCAAUCGUAUGACUGCCAAGAUGGGAAAAUACAAAAGAGUGGAGCGAAAAGCUAAACCUUCAGAUAGCCAAACAGAUGAAAAUAUCUGGAAAAGCAAACAACCAUUGGUUCCUCAGGCUGUUCCCUUUGGUAGAGGUUCAGGGCCCCUCGGCAGACCAGGAUUCCAGCCAAAAAGCUUCUCUUCUCAAACCCCACAUCUCAAGGACAAGAAAGGGCAAAACAAGAGUUUUAGCAAACUACAGUUACUGUUGUCAAUCACCCAAACUCAGCCUUCAACCCUGGUGUGGGGGAAGGCUUGGAAGUUCAACAAGUCCUUACCUUCACCAGCAGAGGGCCAAAGUGUAAGAUCAGACUGGGGGCAGUGCUGGAUGUUUGCCUCCUAUCAACCUUGCUCCGAAGAAGGCAAGCCUUGGCCAAACGAGCAGAACAUGGUGGAUCUACAGAAGUAUCAGCACUGGAGGAAAGUCAACUGUAGGAUGGUUGAAUCACAGGAGCUAGACCUAAAGCUACCUACUGAAGAAUGGCAGACAUCAUGGAAACGAUCUGAGAAAAUCCAGAAGGAUUGUGCUGAAAAUGAUGGGAAAGUCUCCAAAUAUGGACUCUUUGCCUCCCUGGUUGAAACCCAUCGCCAUAAUGAAAUCUUAAGUUCAUCAGAGUGGACCGAUUCAUGGAGGUCCACUAAGCCAGUAGACCAGCAGGAUUUCAGCACUGUCCCAAAUGAAGGUUUGUUGAUUGUGACUGUCAGGGACAUCAAAGACAUGGAAGACGGAAUAAGUUCUGAAUGGGAGCAAUGCUGGAGGCUUCUCAACCACCACACUAGUAACAGUUCCAAGCAGAGCGCUCAUCAGCAGAGCGCUCACAGCCCAGAGUGGAUCAAUUCAUGGAGAACAGCAGCAGCUGUCUUCAACAACAAACAGAGUAACUUUCAGGACCACGGUCAUGGCUUUGAUGAACAUGUCCCACUAAGGGGUGGUUUUCACAAAAUCACCUUUGCAUCUCAUAAGAGACAGCUUCAGAUGUUUGAUCAAUUUGAAGCGAUUAAUGAUUGGAACAAGUCAUGGGAGAUAUCAAAGAACAACUCAAAGCCAUGUGCAGAAAUAGAUAAAGUACUUAAAGCCUUACCACCAAAGAUGGAUGUUGAGACUCAAAGGGCAGAGAAGACGCCUCAGGUCAAUUCAUCUGAGGAAGCAGACCCACGUUAUGAGCAACUGAGACAUGAUGUCAUACAUCACGCAAAGAAGAAACUCCCCAAGUCAAAGCUACUUCUUCUGAAGUACCUGCAAAAAAUACAACCACCUUCAGAAUGGAGGGAGUCUUGGAAGUUAAUAAAACACAGAAUGAGACAAGAGAGGAGAAGGUACAAGCUGGAUCCUCUAUAUCCUUUCAAAGAAUCUGAGAAAGGGGAAGACUUAAAGCCCAGUGCCUCAGAGUGGAAAGACUCCUGGAACUUUCUCUCCCUGCCUCUGAAUCAGAGCCCUGAACUUUGGCAACAACCUUGGUUAAACACAACACAGAUCCGGGUGAACUGGGAGAGGCACCAGAAUGAGAUUUCAGUUGAAAAAUUCCCUAAAAAUGGCCCAACAAGUGAGAGGGUUUGGGGAGAAUCCUGGAAAUUCUCAAGAUACCAGAAUAGUUUAGAUGUUACACAGAGCAAAGAACAAGUUGGCAAAGAAAAGUUAGGAGUUCCUUGUAUCUCAAGCAAACAUCAAAGCUACACUGGGUUGAUAACAGAUUGGCAAAAUGCUUGGAUGAUCUCAGAAACACAGUUAAGCCAUGACAAACCAUCUUUUGUCGAGUGGAGGGAAGCCUGGCAGUGGUCCUACCACACACCCCACUGGAUCGGCCAAAGGUGGGUGGAAGAAUCUACAAAAAUCCGACUUCCAAAACAGAUAUCCUUUGAAGGAGCUGAAGAUAAAAGUAGCCACUCAUUUCAAAACAAGAUAUUUAGCCAAAGAUACCCUGAGAAAGAGUGGGCCUCUUCGUGGAGUGCAAAAUCCCUUUCAAGCAAUCAACCAAACUACAGUGGGUCAACUCUGCAGCAACAUCCCAUUGUGAGUGAGUACGAAUGUCAUUGGGGAAGAUCAUUCAGGCUCGCCAACCCAAUGCCCCAACUGGAUCAACCUUGGAUUGAGUCAUCCACCAACCUUUACUCCUACUCAAUUAUGUGGUCAAGAACAAAUAAGAUGCAAAACAACACUAAAUCCCUGCUAAACAAAAACUUUGCUCCAGCCACAUUUUGGGCAAAUUCACACCGGUUCCUGCAGAAUACCAAUGCUCAGGUUAAAAACAAAUCUAGGUCCAAAGAAGUUGGUGAUCCAAAGGUGAUUUUAGCAAAAAAUAUAAAAAUCAGGAAGCUUUUGUACCUUGGUUUGGAGAAGGAGAAACAAUCUGAGAGAAAGUGGGCAGGAUGCCACCUCCUGGGUAAAACCCAGCCUCGUCGAAAGAAAAGCCAGAGUUCAAGCAGUAAGCUUAAGCCUGAAGACAAUGUCAACAAGUUCCUGGCAGAAUGGAUGGAGUCUUGGAGGUUCCUGGUCUGUCCUGAAAGCAUCAAAAUACAAAAGAGUUUUAAGCCGCUCUUGGGUUGGGAGGAGUCCUGGAAGUUCCUCCUUCCAUCCUACUGACCUUAAGAAGAAUAAAAGCCUUUAGGUCUCUGUUAUAACUUAAGUCAUUAAAGAACAGAUGGCCAUAGUGAUGAUUUGCCCAUAAAACAUGAAUUUGUUUUUGAUGGUUGGAUUAGUGGGAGAGGGGUCUAUUACAGAUAAAUAAAUUAGAAAAGUGUAGUUUAGAAUGACUGUUUAAGAAUAAAAGGAAAAGAGGAAAAUGGAUAAAGAUAAGGAUGUCGAGAGGAAAACUGGAAGUGCAGUCUUACAUUAUACUAUU